AUGAGGGCUCGCUUCAAGACUUCCUCUCCCCCUGUCGGUUCGUUCUUUCUUGGAAUCUUUCUUGUUUAUGAUACGGAAUAGUGAUCCAAAUGUUUUUGAAUUUGAAUUCCAGAGGUGGAGGGCAUAGACCAUAGGUGAAGGAUUAGAAAGGCAAAAUCUUGAAUGAUAUGCGCACCUAUCUCUAUAAUAAAACUUCUUCUUUCAUUUUCAGUAGCCUAAUUUAUGACGGAUUUAGUAAAAUUCUAGAAGAUUUGGAAGUUCUCCAUAACCAAAACUUAUAUCAGGCUCAUACUGUCUUUUCCGUGAUUUGUAUUUUUGUUUUUUUGAGUGAAAUAAAUGAAUAAAUUCAAGAAUAGAUCGCAAAGUUACCCUCCAAUGAGAAGUAGAAAUAGCCUAAGUCCUGAGCAACGGUUUGAAAUGGUUCCGCGAAAAAUUUAUACUUUAAAUCGGGUUUCAUUAGAGGUUAUCAAUCUAACUUCUUUCAAAUGUUUCCUUUCAAUUUUCACGACAUGAGUUACUUCAGCAACGACAAUCUUCCUAUUGAUCGGAAUUUUCCUGGUCAGCCAAACAGCCGCUCAAACAUGUUUGUUUUUUUUUUGUCUUUUUCAUCCAGUACUUUUUUUUUAGCGUGUUGCCCUACGCCUAUGGUUGGUAUUGGGAAAUAUAGCUGUGGUGAAAUCGGGUGCUCGAACUGCAUAGAGGGAGAAUAUAUGGUCAAAAAACAGGACCAUGGAUCAAGUAACGCUCUUACCGCUUCGGGCUUUCUAACUUAUGCCGCUCGUCUCGUCUUGGAAGACAAUCCGGGGAUUGCAAGUUUCGAAAACUUGCAGUCUUUGUAUUUCAACGCAACCGACUACACAACCUUCCCAGGUUUUUAUUAUUUGCCAUCGUCGCAUUUUUUUUCCAAAUUUAAAAAGUGACGUAAUGAAAGUAUGCUUUAUAAAUUAAAUCUCACUAUUUUUGAAAAUUUCUGCGAGCCUUCAAAUGAAAGGUACUUGAAAGUUUGUAGCUCUGAAAAUGAAAUAUACAAAUGAAACCUGUCAAUAUGCUUUUUGGUCAUUUUUCUCUAUUUCUCGAUGGCUGUUUCGAAGCAUAAUAGAGAUUUUCAGAGCCAUUGAUCCGUAUUCGAAAGUCUGAAGUUAAUGACGAUGCGUUCAGUAAACUGACAAAGAUAACCCUCUUCCCGAUCGAUCCUUACUGUCAGAAAGGAACUAUUCUCGAUAUCGACAACAUGAAAAAGAAGCCAUGGGAUCGGUUGAGAAAAUUGGAAAAGGUUACACUUUCAAAUUAAAAAGCUUGAAGAUUAAUAAAGUUAAACUUUAGUUCUGAAAAAAACCCAGCGCUUUUUUCAGGAUCUGUUGGCAUCGUGCCCGAAACCAACCACGCAGGCCCCACCUCCGGCUCAAGCUCCAAAUUUGCCACCAAAUUCGGCACCAAGUUCGCCACAAAUCUCCGGACCACUUCCUAAGCCGAUUUCGGGGCAAUGUUCGUCUUGCCCACCGGUGCCUGAGUGUCCAUCGAUUCCAUCGGCCGAAAAAGCUAGUGGUAAGUCGAAGAAAAACCGAAAGAUACUGAUAAAAAGAACUCAGAAUUUUUCUACGAUUUCACAUGAACCUGUAAUCUUUCUCAGAAAUUCCGAAACGAAUGAAAACGUUCCAUUUUCCUGAUGAAAGCGUCAUAAGAAUCUAUAUGCGUAACUGAAAAAUGAGGACACUUGAAUGUUUAAAACCAUUAAAAAAAUUACAAUUCCUUCAAAUUCAUCUUCAUCUAGCUCAUAGUUUCGUUUGAGACUUAUCGAAACUUCGAAAAUGGGAGGGUUUCGAUAGUUAUGACCCACUGACGUUUUUACUUAUAGAGCGGCAAAAUGAAAUACAUAAUUUUUGAUUACUUGGUAAUUUACGUGUAAGAAGCUACUUCUUUGAAAUAGUUAUCUUUAGAAGACGUGUUCUUGUGUACCGACCGAUGUAUAGUUCGCUUUUCUUUUUUGAACCAAAAAAUCAAUUAGAGAGUCUAAAUUUGGUUUUAAUUGGCAACUAAACGACUGAAGUUCUUUUUUUGAAUGUUUACUGGAGACGCUUAAUUUAGAAUCAGUGUUUGGAACUGUUCAAAUACUUUCCUGGAGGCGAAAAGACCUAUGGGGACUGAGAUCUCCAAAUUUUUGACAACUAUGCUUUCAAGGCAGGCAGGGAGACGGAGUUGUGCCUCACUACAUUUAUCCCAAUAGUCUGUAGGUACCUAUGUGACUUUCAAUACCGUUAUACAGAAGUUGAAAAUAAUAAUGAUUUUUUUUGUUCAUAAGUUUUUAAAAAAGUCGUUUUCGACCUGAAAGGGUUUUAUAACCUUCUAUAGCUUUGCUUAAAUACACUUUCAUGGACCGGGUAUCCAUCCUACUUACUAGGGAACGAUUUUAAACCCCCGGUUGAGCUUUUGAUGAAACUUUGGUUAAGGUUGCUUUAGGACCUCCUGAUUGCAAAACAAGAAAAAACCUCACACUUUUACGCAUUUCUGAUCGUUCUAAUUAAGAAGGAAUGCCUAUCUUGGCGAUCGCCAUCACAUCACUGUGUUGGAUGGUUAUAACUGGCAUCCUACUGGCUCUGAUGUUCUUGUUCCUGAAAAGAAAGGCGCCGCCCUCGACGGGUUUUGAGAAGGAGUUUGAAGAAUACGCCCAAUGCGGUCAGUUUGAGCUGAUUUAUUUUCACUUUUGAAUUCUCACUUGAAGUCAGUCUGAUGGCUUCGUACGUUCACAAUGCCUACUACACCAUGCUGAGUGACCAUCUAAACUUUGGUAUGAAGACGAGUAUCGGACGUUUUUUUGUAUUCUUGAUCGGUUAAGUGAAAGAUACUAUCGACUGUUUGACGGCAUAUGAGCAACAGACGGCGUUCUGCCUUGACAACGAAGGACGAAUGGGGUCGAGGUGUCAGUUUCUUAUAUUCAUGUUGUUCCUUUUUUUUUUUACUUUUUUACUAAAAAUUCAAUUUCCAUUUCGCCCAGCUUUAGUAUUCUCAUUAGAUGUUCAGAACAUUGCGUUCUUGCUGAAAAUUGGUUUCAUCGUGUCCUCUUGAAACUACAAAAUCUUUUUUUGAUAAGAUCUUGAGAGAAAUUCUACACAAACGAAAAUCUAUUUGAUUUCCUUUUUCUCAACACUUUCCAGGUUUAGAAUAAUCAGUCACAGGCGCUAGCUGCCUCAAAGAAAUUAGAUGAGAUCUUUCUUUCGUAGUAUGAGAUUGCUUUCUCAGGUGAAAAUCCAAGUAACUUCUCUUUUAGCUACUUUUUGGGGUGUUUGACGAAAACCCUUUUUUUUUAUUUGAACGGAAUUUUUUUUUCCAUUCUCACCUAAACAACCUCAUAUUCAUUUUCAUACAAUUUUGAUAUUUGACAGAAAACAGUGGAUGAAAAAUAUAUUCGCAAAUUGAAACUUGAAGCAAAUAUUCCAAAUUUUUCAGGAAUUUUUGUUAGUUACAGUAACUUCAGUCUCAGAGAUAGAGGGACAUAGAGCGAUAAAAAAAUUUGCAGUUGACAUGAUGAAAGACGUUUCUGAUGAAGUGGGAAGGAGGCGAAAUAUUUUGGAGCAAGGAGGAACGCUCGAAAAGACAAAACUUAUGGAAAAUGUAGCCCACAAGACAGUAAAUAUUGACAAUCACAUUAACUUUUACGAAGACGUGAACACUUUCCUUUUGGUCACGAAAUUCAUCGAGUCGAAAAAAGGAAGUAAAUGCACGGAUACUGUCGAAAUACUUGUUCCAAACCAAGAUGGAUUAUCGAAAGAGGUUCUGAAGAAGGAAAAAGACAAGGCACGGAAAAAAGGUGGAAAGGAGGUCAAGAGAGAGACUAAAAAAAGAAAUGUGGACGAAGAAAAAAAAGAAAAACGCCAAAAAGCGGGUUUUAACCUGGAACUGAGCGUGAAGACGCAGGAGAAAAACAUGAAAAAAAAGGAAAAGAUUCCGGAAAUUGCCAAGCAUUUGGAUAACACGAUAGCCAAGUGGAUUAACACCAAGCCCCAGACUGAAGAGGAGAAGAAAAUCGCCGAUGCCUGUCAGUUCCUGUUUUUUUUUUUUCGGUUAGGGACUCCAUUUAUCGGGAUUCUUUAAAUUUCAUAUGAGGGUAUUUGUGCGGAAAAGCUUAAAAAAAGGUGACUAUAAAACGCUUUUGUCGGCCAAAAACAGUUGCACCUUCUUCACGUUCGCGUAUGAACCAAGUCAUACUGAAAAUAACGUUUUUCUGAUUUUUUUUUUCUGCUCAAACGCGCCAUCUCGAGACAGGAAUAUCCCAAUAAAAACCUGUUGAUGUUUGUAACGCGAAUCGGACGUGUCAGGACAUUUUAGCGAACACUUUAUAGCGUCAGCAUUCUCAAGUGAUCCCUAGAGAUACCAGGAAACUUCCGAAGAACGUUCGUUUCGCGUUAAUAAUGUCCGAGGGUGUCCUUACGUCCCCUAAUACUUUCUCUGGUGAACUAUUUGUCAUUGUGCGAUUUUCAGGGCUCUCGUUGGGCGUUAUCGAUCGUCUGCUGACUGAAGCUACUGGAACAAUUGAAAAAAUUUCCAAAAGUUUGUUUUGACAAGAGUAACUUCAUUGUUUAUAAAUCAUGAAAGUGUAUAGUUUACUUAAUAAUAGAUUAUUCACUGCCAUAAGAGAAACAUUAGAUAGUAUAUAAAAAGUAUAAGUGAUCGACAUAUUUACUUACUCCCUGAAUAAUCAGAAAUUGCGAGUUUCAGACUAUAACGAAGUCAGGUUCCAAUUGUGCAGGAUCGUCAUGAACGAAGUUAAAGAGCGGACCUCGAUCAACAACGAACAAGCCUACGCCACGGAGAACCAAAGAGGAACGGUCAAGGACAUGCAUGGUAAUGUCAUUUUUCCGUUAGUUCCCAUUAUAGAGAAGUUGAAGUUCUAAAAAUAUAUGGUAAAUGUGAAUUCUUAAAUUUUCGCCUUUUUCGUUGUUAUUCACGACGUUCCAAAAAAUGAUAACCAAAUAAUGAAGGGGGUAGAGUCAAAACCUCCGCAGUUCCUACGACAUGGAAAAUAAGCGUAAUCAGAAUAUUAAAGGGGCAUAUUCAAUGCUUUAUGAGACGAUUUUUUUUUCAAUUCUCGUUCAAAAAAAAAAACGCGAACUUUCAGUUUACUUUUUCUUAAAAGCACAUUCCGUGUUCAAAGUUCCGAGAAACUCAAAAAAGCCGCCAGAGAGUGAAAAACAUAAAUGAAUUUUGGGAAUUCAAAAAUGAUUUUGAAUUCUGCGAAAGUUAUUUUUAUCACGCUUUGCGCGAAAGAGGCGCAUCUAAAGGCUCCAAAUUCUAGAAUUUAUUCAUGUUCUCGAGCACCUGUACACUGAUGAGGAUCCGGAGGCACAGAAGCUGAAAAAUUCCCUGACGCUUUACGAAUGGAUUCGUUUUGUGGAUCUUCACUACAUGGGCCUCGACUACAAUGAGUAUAAAGGAUGUGAGUUUGAAGGGUAAAAUCUAAGCAGAUAAUAUAAAAAUUCCGGGAAAUCCGGCGACAUAUAGAAAUUUUCAACAUGACAUCAAUUUCCCAAUAUGAAGAUGAAUUAACACCGCUAGAAAAACACUUUCAGCCCUUGUUUACGUGAGGCCGUCGCCGAUAGAUUCAGAGCCGUUCAACAAAGCUAUGCUCCGUUUGGAAAGUGAGUGUGGGAAGAAGAACAUAUUUUUGGAAAGUGAUGAUGAACGUUCGAACUAUAGCUUUUUACAUUUUUGCGUUGAAUUAUAGCUUUAGACAUUUCCAUGAAAAAGUAGUUUUUUUCGAUGAGUUUAAAAUGCUUUCAAGAAGUAGAAAACUUUCAUCUCAACUUUCAUUUCAUGCCUUGUUCGAAGUUCAUUCCGCAAAAUUCAAAAAUUUCUCUGACUUUGUAAGUGUUAAUUACAUUUUUAAUCUCUUACGGCUAUAUUGAAUUUCGCUUAAUCGUUUUGAACGGCAGUAUUUAUUCUUCACAACUGAAACUUGAGAAGUUUUUUUUAGGAUACGAAAAAGAUUAUGACAUGAUCAAAGCUGAAGUAGAAAAGUACUGCAAGAAAAAAAAGAUCAGACUGGUGUGCAAGGCAAAUCUUCCAAAGCAGUCGAAGAUAAGAGAGAACUAUGACUUCGGAAAAUACGAGUUGCAAGACAUCUACGAAUCGCCAGGAAUCUUUGAGAUGAAGGUAUAAAGUCUUUCGAAAAAAUUCGAAUCAAACUUUUUUUCAUUUCUAGGCAGAAGACGCUGCGAAAGCUGUUAAGGCACGUGAAGACGAGAAGAUCAAAAAACAGGUGAACUUUUGAGAAACAUUGCAAAAACCAACUUUGUCUAUUUUUUUUUUGUUUAGCGAUGAUAAAUCGAGUACUUUGAAGACGACUUAUUGACAUUGUAGGCAUUUCGAAAAGUUUUAAACUUUGUUUUUUUGUUAACACGUAGAACUUGGGAAAUUCGAAAAUUAGGGCUCAAAUAAGUAAAUGCCAAAUUUCAGGGAGUUUCUGUUCACAAAAGCCUGGCUGCCCAAAACGUCAUGUCAAAGAACGGUGCAGCUCCAAAAAGCGGUGCUCCUCCUAAAAGCUCGGCUCCAAAAAGUUCGUCGGCUGAGCCAACUCCUACUUCCAUGAAGUAG